CUUUGCACUCCAAUCCUCUCAACUGUUUUUGAAUUGGAAUUCUUGUCCCUCUUUCAGAGAGAGCCUAUAUAACCAAUCAUACUGGGAUAUCCUGAAAUAUCUGCGUCCCCUCUCACGCCGAACCGAUUUACACAGAUACCGCGACUGAACCGUUACCCCCGCACUGUCAGGCGGACCUGAAGGAGCUAUCUACUAUCUAGCUACCUACCAUAGCUGACGCCGACGGACUGAACCACUGCCGCUCAAACAUUGACAGUAGGAACUUUCGCCUCAGUUCCUCUUGAAGGCAUCUUAUAUACAGGUCUUGUCGAAUAUCUCUACGUCGGCAUUUCAUUGAGUCGAAAAGAGCAGCUCAUCUCCGACACAAUUGUUCUGCCUGGGCGGGAGGAGUGAGACAAGAAAGGAAUAAUGUUUCGCGCACAACAGAACGCAUUUGAUGAUGCAGUCGCUAAGGCGACGGACGAGAACCUGACCUCCGAGAACUGGGAGUAUAUCCUCGAUGUCUGCGACAAGGUUGCUGCUGAGGAAUCGGGGGCGAAGGAUGCCGUUGCCGCGAUGAUCAAGAGAUUGGCACACAGAAAUGCCAAUGUGCAACUUUAUACCCUAGAGCUGGCCAAUGCAUUGGCUCAAAACUGUGGCCCGAAGAUACACCGCGAACUCGCGUCGAGAAGUUUCACUGAUGCUCUUCUUCGUCUCGCGAAUGACAGGAACACCCAUCAGCAAGUCAAGCCAAAGAUUUUGGAGCGCAUGCAGGAGUGGGCACAGAUGUUCGCCAACAACCCUGAUUUCGGAAUCAUGGAGCAGGCCUACAUGAAGUUGAAGACGCAGAAUCCCAACUUACAGCCUCCGUCUAAACCCGGGAAACGGGAGAUCACCGAGGCGGAUCGCCAGAAGGAAGAAGAAGAAUUGCAGAUGGCGCUGGCUCUUUCCAUUAGGGAGAAGCCCAGCGCGGCCCCUGAGCCUAAAGCGGAAUCAAGCACGUCUGCCUCCGCACCAGCCAGCCAGACCCAGGCAGCGCCAUCGCAAGCGGUGCCCCCAGGUACUUCCGCAGCCACCGUCUCCCGGGUCAGAGCAUUGUUCGAUUUCCAGCCUUCCGAACCGGGUGAAUUACAAUUCCGGAAAGGGGACAUUAUUGCAGUGCUCGAGUCCGUGUACAAGGACUGGUGGAAGGGCUCAUUAAGGGGCCAAACGGGAAUUUUCCCUCUGAACUACGUGGAGAAACUGCCAGAUCCAACGGUAGAAGAGCUGCAGAGAGAAGCCCAAAUGGAGGCGGAAGUGUUUGGGCAAAUCAAGAAUGUUGAGAAGCUUCUUACGCUUUUGAGCACUCGUAGCUCGGAGUUGAAUGUGCAAGACAACGAGGAAAUCACGGCUUUGUACCACUCGACAUUGUCAAUUCGGCCCAAGUUGAUUGAGCUCAUCGGGAAAUAUUCUCAAAAGAAGGAUGAGUUUACGCAGCUCAAUGAGAAAUUCAUCAAAGCCCGGCGAGACUAUGAAUCUCUCCUGGAAGCAUCCAUGUCGCACCCUGCACAACCCCAGUAUGGUCGACCCGGCCAGACUCCGUACGGAUACCCUGGACCUGCCGCGCCUCUUGUUUAUCCCCAGGGACCUCCACAGUCGGAUCCUCAACGAUACUUCAGCCCACGGCCGCAGGACCAGACGCACAUGUAUCCUCCAACGUCACACUCGCCUGAUCCACGCGGCCGUACUCCACCUGCUGGUCCAUCCUUCCCACAGCACCAGCAGCCACCGCCAGACUCAUACCAGCCUGUCCACCACCGUCCAGAAUCUACAUAUGACAACCCGCAAGAAUUAGGUACUUCUGUAUAUGAUUCACCCGUCGAACAUCCGUCCUCAAGUCAGCGGUUACCCUAUCCUCCCUCUGGCGCACAAGUUCCAGCUGGUGUCCACCAGCAGCUAUCCCCCGAGGACGCAUCCAAGCCUCCUACUGCUGGCUUCGCCUCACAACCUCCGCCGCAGACACUACAACAACCUCCUUACCCUACGGCACCCGGCGCUCAUCAACCGCCUCCAUCGCACCAGCCACCACCAGUCCCCAGCACGGCAUCGAAGCCAACCCCGUAUCCUUCAUUGACAGCUGGAACACCCAGUGGAGGGGAGUAUCAGGCCUACAAUCCAUCGCAAGCUGGCGCAGCCAACUCGAAUCCUAACUCCUAUUACCGAUAAUGGUAGGUCCGACCGGCGGUGACCUCUUCGUUGUGUAUCUUUCUAUGAGCCUCAUAGCUUUUUUGUUUUCACAUUCAUGAGGUAUAAUAAGCUUCUGUGGGGCUCGGUUUCGUGCAAAACACUUCAUGUUGGCAAUUUUUGAAUCGUAGAUUCACGCUCAUAUCUUAACUACGAUUGAAAGCAUGCACAAGGAGUGCAUGCGUUCAGUAAAAUGAUAUAAAUAGCCAU